AUGGCGCCGUCGCGGUGGCGGGGCUCCCUCACGGCGGGCUACCAGUUCUUCCUGGCGCUUGGGGUGCUCAUCGCCAACCUCGUCAACUACGCCACGGCGCACGUCCCCUGGGGGUGGCGCGUCUCGCUGGGGCUCGCGGGCGCGCCGGCCGUCGUCAUCUUCGUCGGCGCGCUCUUCCUCACCGACACCCCCAGCAGCCUCGUCAUGCGGGGGCGCGCCGACCGGGCCCGGGCGGCGCUGCUCCGGGUGCGCGGGCGCGACGCCGACGUGGAAGCCGAGCUCAGGGACAUCGCCAAGGCCGUGGAGGCCGCGAGCCAGAGCGAGGACGGCGCGUUCCGCCGGAUGGCCACCAGGCGCGAGUACCGCCCGCACCUGGUCCUCGCCGUCGCCGUGCCCAUCUUCUUCCAGCUCACGGGCGUCAUCGUGCUCGCCUUCUUCGCGCCGCUGGUGUUCCGGACCGUCGGGUUCGGGAGCAACGCCGCGCUGAUGGGUGCCGUCAUACUCGGCGCGGUCAACCUGGGCUCCCUCGUGCUCUCCACCCUCGUCAUCGACCGCUACGGACGGAAGGUGCUCUUCAUGGUCGGCGGCAUACAGAUGGCCAUGAACGUCUCCAUCGGCCUCUGCCUCACCUUCGUGCAGACGCAGUCGUUCCUUGCCAUGCUCUGGCGCUUCAAGCACGCCACCUUCGCCUACUACGCCGCCUGGGUCGCCGUCAUGACCGUCUUCAUUGCGCUCUUCCUGCCGGAGACCAAGGGCAUCCCGCUCGAGUCCAUGGGCACCAUUUGGGGGAAACACUGGUACUGGAAGAGGUUCGUCGACGACGGAAAGAGCGACGUGGCACUGACCUAA